GUAAUUGGGACUGGUUCCGGAAAUAGAACCAGUUCACAACAAUAGACAAAGCACUGAUGAUUUUUCUACUCUCUUAUACUUCUGGAGAAACACACUUACAAACACAUUGAUUUCCAUACAAACAGAAAAACCCUUAAACAAACGAUAAAAGAAUCAUGCUAUUAUGAGAACAUUCACCAAAAUACCAAAAUGAUGGAAAAAAGAGUAAAACUGAAAACUGUCAAUACUCAUAUAACAUGUACCUUGUGUCGGGGAUAUCUUAUUGAAGCAACAACUAUAACAGAAUGUUUACAUACAUUCUGCAAGACAUGUCUGGUGAAGUAUUUACAUGAACACAACAAAUGUCCUAAGUGUGGAAUUCUGAUACACCAAAGUCAUCCAUUAAAUUAUAUCAGUCAUGACCGUACCAUGCAAGAUAUUGUGUACAAGCUGGUACCCAAGUUACAAGAAAAAGAAGCAAAACGUAAAGAAAAGUUUUAUAAAGCAAGAGGAAUAAAACCAGAACCAACAGAAGAACCUCUAUUAAAUGAAACAGAAAUUAAAAAAGAACCAGUAGAAAAAGAAGAAAACAAUGACUAUCAUAGAAAUGAUGAACAAGUGAAUGUAUGUUUAGAAGGACAGGAUCUAGAUAUGAAAUGUCUACGCAGGAAAUUCUUACGAUUAUCUUCACAAGCAACAGUUAGCCAUCUAAAGAAAUUCAUUGCACUCAAAUUAUUUGAUGAUAUUAAGAGAUUUACAGAUAUCGAGAUUUUGUGUAAUGAUGAACUGUUAGGGAAAUAUCAUACACUUAAAUUUGUAGCAAUAACAAGAAAAAGACAAAAGGAUGGACCACUAGUUCUACAUUACAGACCAAAAACUAUUGAAUACUGAUGAGAAGACUUCCAAGUGGUUUAUUUCCUGUUCUUUAUAGACAAAUACAUAUGCAUGAAGAACCUGAAGGACAUUAUUAGACUCCAAAGCAUUCAUUGCUGUGUAAAAUAAAACUUCAGUUUAAUAUUCAUUUUGAAUAAGGUGACUUUGAAUCAAAUGUAUUUUACUAAAGGAUUGCAGAUAACUAAAGUCAUUUUGACAAUACAUUGAUUGACAAUUUCAGUCAAGCAUAUAAGUGAUAUAAGUUUGCUUUCUUGGAGUUUUCACAUGUUUAAAUAUACUUCCUCUUAUUUAUUGUUUUGUAUUUAUGCAAUAUAUAUUUAUUGAAUUAAUGUUUUUUUAUGAUAUUUUCUUUUUGCAAAAAACUGAUGUUUAUAAAUAGUUUAUAAUCUUUGGAUUAAGAUUUAUUUAUUUUGAACUAGCAGAAAAGUUGUGUAGUUUCAAGAGAAAUUUUAUUUGAUAUAAAUAAUAUUAUGCUAAUUACAGAACUUUUAUUUAGAAAAAAAAUAACAACUAUUUUUAUGAUCAGUCAAUCUCGGCUAUUACUGCAAAUUUUCAACUGAUCCACUAUGGCUGAAAGGAAUUUCUAAAACAAUGCAAAAUACAAACAAAUGUUAAAAUUAUGAGAAAAAACUUGGCUUGUGCAGUUCUAAAUGUCUAAUUUAAUGAAUGUUUUUUCUUUCCCCUGAUUAUAAAUGCUCUUCUGUAUU